UCUCCUCGGUACCCAACCCUACUCAGGAGCUACUGAGCUACAUUCAGUAUCAUACUGUUAGGAAAACGACUCUGCACCAUCUCCUGCUUAAAACACCGAGGCCUGGAAGUAAUUGGGCACAUUCUCAUAUACUUUCCUCCACUUCGUGUUUACUAAAAUGUAUGGAAAACAUCAAUCCUCGACGUUUGGGUGUCCAGUAUUACAGUAUGGGGAUGUGCUUACCGUGCCUUGGAGGAGCGGCAGACGACGUUGUGGUGACUCCAGAUCCGGAGACAAGAAGACGACAAUUAGCUGAAGCAGCUGAGAAGAGGCAGAAAGAGACAGCAUACAGGGGUGUCAAAAACCCAGAAACAGUGGAAAGGAAGAGGAAAAAACAGGAGGAGAUGGAGAAACAGGCGAUGACAACCUCUGUUUCUGGUGGAGGCGGUGGGUUGAAGUGGCAGGUGGGCUGAAGGUCCUUCUGGUAAAAGUCGUGAAGUCUUGAUCCUGAGGUUCAACACAACAUGAAGUACUGCUGCAAGAUGACUUGAAAGAUGUGUGACUGCUAUCCAUUUUUAUUUAUUUACUAUUAUUUUUGCCUACUUCAUUUGUCUUGAGGCAGAUGCCUGUAAGUACUUGUGGCUCAAGCUGAACAAUCUGAGGUGAUUACAGACAAAACAGCAGGACCUGCCCCCUUGUUGCCAAGUUAUACAAGUCCAGUUUGGACCUUUGAACCCACCUGGGGUGACACAGUAAUGAAUAACAUAAAUACACAAGAGAAGGAGAUGUGCUUGCUCACACACUGAAGUCAAGAAAUAACUGACAGUUGUCAUAUUUAGACAGAGUGGUCCUCAACACAGAGGCUUUUAUACACUACACUGUUUUUGUAGGUUUUUGCAUUCUAGAGGAAGGAAUUUUACAUUCUUUACUGAUCACGACACUUUUUUAUUUAGUAUGAAGUCUCUCAAAAUCCUUUAUUCAAAUAGCACGUUUUUUAAGUAAAUCACAACACGCCACAUAAUGUAUUAGUGCUUGUUCUAGACUUAAAGCACAUGGCUUAACACUAAUUUCUCCUCCUUUGUGUUUAUUUUUCUCAUUUCAUGUGCAAUUUAUUUGUUGUAAAGUAUGCAAAAUGCCUGCUUAAUUUAAACGAAAUCAGAAAUGGAGUUUGUGAAUUGCCUUAUGAAAAGCAGAAGCUUUUGUUGGACAUAAAUUGCACACCAUUUGUUGGUAAUGACUGAUGUUAUUUGAAUGGUUAUAUGUUGGGAGUGAGGCUUGCCAGCUAAAUGGAGACACAAGAAGAAACUGACAGAAAGAAUAAUGAACUAUGUAGUAUUUAUCUAGUGAAGUGUUUACUUUGACUUGACUUGAAAGUUGAAUGCUUUUUCAUACAACCCUCACUUGAUCCUUAAAUGCUUCCGGUGCUCUUGCUGUUUUCAAGUACAGGAAAUCUAGCCAACAUUAUUUGCUACAAUAAACAACACUUCUGCUA